UUAAUACGAUUAAAGCACUGCGUAUCGUAUCGCCACGUAAGGAAAUGUCACAGCUGUCACCAACGAUCAAGAAGAACCUCAGUAACUUUGGCUUUGUAUGCUCCAUCGCUAUAGGUGGAAUGUACCUUGUGAAGACCACCAUCAACAAGAGACGUGACAAGACAUUCCAACCUGACCACUUCACCACCUAUGAUGAGAGUGAGACGAAUAUUGCCCGUUUACAACCUGGGUUGCCUGAGCCUUCCCCUGAUAUCAAGAGAAAGUCACAAUAUGAAGCUGCUCCGAAUGCGUACCAAACUAGAAAACAAGGCGAUAGAAUAUCUGGAAUUCUAGACAUGAAUUGGUUCAAGAGUAGUGAUAAGGACAAAUAGGCUGUGAUGACAUCUACUACACAUUAUAUGUACA